AUGAGAAGUGGUCCAGAUGAUCCUGUGGUCCCGACGUGGAUCGAAGCUUUCGGCGGACCAGAAGAUGCUCCUGCCGAUCGCUCUGCGUCCGAUUCCGUGGCUCACGACACUCCGGAGGUGCCAGUCGUGACAGAGCUCGGUGGUGCAUCAUCACAGUCUCCCCGGCCCGUCAAGAACGAUGCAGCUGGUAUCAAGAGCCACGAGAACACCAAAGUGGACGACACGGAGGCCGACACAGCCACUGUCACCGGCAAGGAACAAGAUUCCGCCAAGGUCGUCGCUACAGAGGUCCAGACUGUCAAAGCGGACAAGCAAAACCCACAACUUGACCCGGAAACAAUGAUCAAACAGCUAGAGACCCGUCCCAUUAGCCAGGAUCAACUGGUAGCCGAAGUAAAGGGCAUCUAUGCCGGCUUGUUGAUGGUCGAAAGCAAAUGCAUAGAAGUGGACAACGGCCAAAUGCCCCCAGAGGACGGUCCGCUCGACGUCACCAAGUACCUGUACAUCAAGGCUCAGAAGGAUGCAACAAAAGAAGAUAAGAAGCCGUCGACUCCCGAAUCAACCAAGAACUUGCCGGCGACCAGCCAAGACUUGUCUGCGACUCCCGGAGACUCGUCCACGACCCCUGAGGAGGACUCUGCCCAUCUCCCUGCCCAUUCCGACGUGUCAGGGAAGACCGCUCCGCUAGUUGGCAGCCCCGAGGAUUAUCUGCGUGCAUUCCGGGUGGCUCUGGAGUUGUAUGCCAAGGCAGAUGGAUGGCCUGAGUAUGAGCAGUUAGCCGCGGUCAACGCGGCGGAAAUCGAUGAAGACGAUCGCAAGAAGGUGAUAGACGGAAAAUACUACCUCGACAUCGGAAAUCACCUGGUCAAUCAACUACUGCGCGACCUCGAGACCGCCAAAACGAAAGCAGCAGAGAAGGAGGCUGAAGCCAAAGCGAAAGCCGAUCAGGAGGCCGCACAAGCAAAAGCAGAGGAAGAGGCGUCUCAAGCAAAAGAAGAUAAGAAGGAUUCGAACCCUGACCUAGGGGCGACAUCGGCCCAACCCCAGGCCUCUACUAAGGAAGUUGGCUCUGCGCCCGGGGAUUCUGGAAAGGCAACGGUGGAUGCAGCAGUCGACGCUGUUGACCUGGACGAGAAGAAGCCCAAGACCAAGCUGCCAAUCUUUGUCGAUCUGAGGCCGCUCGAUGACGAGGACCGGUACAGAAAGGUUGGCAGGGAAUGGUGGGUGCUAAUCUCUGGUCGAUGGAUUCCUAGUCUCAGUGCCGAGCAUUAUGCGGCUCUCGUCGCGCUCCACCGCAGAUGUCUAGACGAACACUACGACUUUUUUUUGGCAUCGCAGCACCCAAGUGCGUCGCCAGCGAUCAGUGGACUCGCAGUAGAGUAUGCCAUGCCGGCAAGAUUGUGGAAGCACGCCAUACAUGCCUUUCUCGAGGUCCUGCGUUAUCGACUUCCCGAAUCUCAGGAGACCAUGGAUCACUUCAUCAUCAUGGCAUAUGGUAUGAUGGCUUCGCUGGAGGAGACUGUCCCGCGGUUCCGUUUCACGUGGAUCGAAUGCAAAGCAGAUUUGGCACGAUACGGAAUGGCUAUUCAAGAGGAGGACAAGAAAGUCCAGGAGCGAUGGAGGGACACUGCCAAAGAGGAGUACACUCAGGUGGUGAUCGAUGACCCCACGGUUGGCCGCCUCUACCAUCACCUGGCCAUUUUGGUGCGGGCUCGGUCCUCCUCGCCUGAUGCAAUUUUCGAGGCCAAUGUGUCCAAGCUUUUCUACUACACCAAGUCCCUCAUCGUCAAGACCCCGUUUUAUACCGCGCGGGAUUCCGUGCUGACAGUUGUCAACCCGAUUGUUGACCGGAACAAGAAGGCAGCCGAGGAGCCGGCCAGCGUCCCCCAGACCGACCAAGACCACUUCCUUACCGCAGUUGCCCACCUGAUUCUUGCUUCUCUGGAGCCCGAGAUUCUUAGGAAAAAUGGCCAUAAGGACAGCAGGAAGGACCAUAUUCAGGCUGUCUAUGCAGCACUGGAGAGGAUCAAGGUCGGUGAACCUCUCAAAACGCCCAGAAUUCGUCCAAGCGCCAAACUCGGUCUCUUGCUCUGCCAGUUGUUGCUGGGAAUUCCCCCUGUCGAUAAGAGAUGGAGCCCGAUGGUGGCGGCAUGGGCCCCCGACCUUGUGACGGCCGAGGACCGCGCCGAUUCUGACGCCAUGGCCAACGCGAGGGACAUCCAUGAUGCAACGAUCGAGCUGAUCAGCACCAUGGUCCCUUAUCUCUUGGAGGAUGCAGACACGCGUGACUUGAGGGUGUGGGAAUUCAUCUACGUCAUUUUGGUCUUCAUGCGCUCCUUGAAGACGCGGCCCGCCCUGCUGAAUUGGCUUGGCUCGGCCUUCCAUGCUGAGGUGAUAGCGCCUUACCUCAACAUGCUUCUGCGCGAGGACGAGACUCGAGGUCGUCAUGCCUUCGAGAGCGCGUCCCAGUCGGAACUCGUUACAGUUUGUUCGCCGCUCAAUGAGAAAACGAAGCUGGGCAACUACGGACUCAGCACCGAAGACAACAUCAGGAAUUACCUUCGGGAACAAGAGGAGAAACGAAAGGCAGAGAGUGCUGAGAUCACGGUCACGGCAGGAGAGGUUACGGCGGAAGAGACCAUGGCCACGACAGAGGAGACCACGACCAGUGACACCGCACACGAGAUGGACGGGCACACCAAGACACCGGGCUCGGAGCCGUUGCACGCCAACGUACUGCCGGAACAUUUUGAGCUCUCGGGCUUAUUCUUUGCCAAAGAGGCUGAUCCUGAACCCCGUGGCAAACCACUGGAGAACCCUACCGCAGACGCCGUAGUUGGCGGCUGCCCAACCGCCCCCGAGGCCACGCCAGCGGCCGCGCAGACCAUAGAGGAACCAGCCGUGAGACACGCACAGGAGGUAUCUCUGGCGGAUUCAGAGACCUACAGUCAAUCGGGUGAUGGUGUUCUAACGGAUCCCGAGCCAGAGCACGAAGCGAUGGAUGAAAAUCUGGAGAAUCCUGUCCCUAAAUCGGAGAUUGAGGCCCAGGAAAAGCAGCAGACGGAGAGAGAAGCCGUGGAGGCAUCAUUGGCAGAAGUGGAGAGGAAGGAGAGAGAGGCUAAGGAGGAAGAGGAGAGGAAGAGGAGAGAAGCUAAAGAAGCCGAAGAGGCAGAAGUGCGAAGGCAGGAAGGACUGCUCCGCGAUCCCCCCCUCUUCCCCAACGGCUGGCUCAAGAAAUCGAAAUACGACUUCGACGAGAUACGGGUUUGCGACUACGUGCAGAGCUUUGAGACGUAUAACGAUCGGUCAAACCAGAUCUUGCGUCUGGCUGUUCAGCUAUUCGGCAUCUUCUUCAUCUUUGAGUCCGACGGGGAGAAACGCAUUUGGAUCAGUGUGUCUGGGGCCUCAUCUGUGCCGAAGCCCGACCCCAACAAGAAGAUGCCGAAAAUCGUCGAACGCGACGGCGGCGUCAGGGUCGUUUAUGUUGAUCCUUCCUCCCACGCUGCCGAACUCAAGAAGAAGGAGAAGUUGGCAAGGGAAGAGGAAAGGCGGAAAGAGAAGGAGAUGGAGAAGAACGCUGAAGCUACUACGGAGGUGGCUACAGUUUUCGACGAGAAGGCCAAGGGAGAGAGACCGACCGACCACGUCAAUGCCGAAGGGGCAACGGAAGCCGUGAACAUCCCGGCCGGGGCACCCGCACGAAAGGCCGCUCGUGCUUUGAAGGCUGAGCUUACCGAGGACGUGCUCAACCAGAUGCCAAAGGUGGAGAAACCUGCCAAUGCCAUCGAGCGCUGGAGAGCUCCAAUUAAGACGCCUGGCGCGGACAAGCAUGUGGACGAGGACGGAUGGACACACGUCAGCGACGAAAGUUACGGAGACGCGGAAACGGGGCCAACAGUUCAAAUGGUCCAGGUCGAGACAAGGUCGAUGAUUUCGCGCUUGUUCUGGAGACGAGAGGAAUGAACAGUCUAGAUUGAUGCGAGGGGAGAUGCCAGGACGGCAUGC